CUAGGCAAGGAGAUCAGCCUUUCUGCGAGCCCAAAACCGAUUCCCGAGUUGCGGGCAGGCAGAAGAGCCAUAAACGCUGAGCAGAGAAGCGACUUCUACAGCCCCGAGUCUGAGGAUCGGCUCGCAGCAGCGGGAUUAAGGAAAAGGUUGGGAUUAUUCCGGAGGCUCGUUCUGAGCAGCAGCAGCAGCAGCAACACCCAGGCCCCGCAGUCGCCGCGCCUCGCUAGAAUCCAACUUUCGCCGCCGGCCAUAACGCUUGAAAGCUGACCGGCCGCUGGCGCCCUCGCUAUAUCCAGUUUAUUUUAAAGAUUGACUUUGUUACUUGGUGCAUUAAGCAUGAAUUAUUCACGAUUCAUUACUGCAGUAAGUGCAGCAAGAAAAGCAUCUCCAAUAAGAGUCCUCACUGAAUUGAUGCAGCAAUCUCCCCCAUCAUUAAUUUCUCUGGCUGGAGGAGCACCAAAUUCCAACACGUUUCCUUUCAAAACUGCUACCAUUAUCAUUAAAGAUGAAACAAGAGUUGAAAUCAAGGAAGAGUUGAUGAAGAGAGCUCUCCAGUAUUCUGCUUCAGCAGGCAUUCCAGAACUGUUGUCCUGGAUGAAGGAUUUGCAGAAGAGUUUCCAUAACCCUCCAACAGCUGACUAUAGUCCUCAGGAAGGACAAAUGGAGAUGUGUAUCACUACUGGGAGCCAAGAAGGGCUAUGUAAAGUGUUUGAAAUGCUUAUUAAUCCUGGAGAUAACAUUCUUUUGGAUGCACCCACCUAUCCUGGGACAUUAGCAGCUCUCCGACCACUGGGUUGUAACAUCAUCAAUGUGCCCAGUGACCAACAUGGCAUGAUUCCAACAGCCUUGAAAGAAGUUCUUUCCAGGUGGAAUUCAGAAGAUGUAAAAAAGCUCAAGAAUGAUACCCCAAAAUUUCUGUACACAAUUCCUAAUGGUGGCAAUCCAACUGGAGCCUCAUUAACAACAGAACGCAAGAAAGAGAUCUAUCAGCUUGCAAGGCAAUAUGAUUUCCUUAUAAUAGAAGAUGAUCCAUAUUAUUUCCUUCAAUUUAACAAGCCUUGGGCACCAACCUUUCUUUCAAUGGACACUGAUGGGCGAGUUAUCAGGACUGACUCCUUUUCUAAGAUCCUCUCGUCUGGGCUAAGAAUUGGAUUUCUAACUGGUCCCAAGCCAUUAAUUGAUAGAGUUAUUCUACAUAUACAGGUUUCCACAAUGCACACCAGUACCUUCACCCAGCUUAUGAUAACCCAGCUUCUUCAACAAUGGGGACUAAAGGGUUUCCUGGACCAUGUAGACAGUGUGGUGAAUUUUUACAAGAAACAGCGAGAUGUAAUGCUUAAUGCAGCAGACAAAUGGCUAAAAGGCCUGGCAGACUGGCAUAUCCCUGCUGCUGGAAUGUUUCUAUGGAUUAAUAUUAAGGGAGUUCCUGAUACCCAAGAACUGAUCAUGAAAAAGGCUUUGGAGAAACAGGUGUUGCUGGUUCCUGGAUGUUCAUUUAACAUUAACAGUUCCGAUCCCAGCUCUUAUGUCAGAGCCUCCUUCUCUCUGUCUUCUCCAAAUCAAAUUGAUCAGGGUUUCCAAAGGUUGGCUGAACUUAUUAAAGAAGCUGUAUGAUUUUACUAAAUGAAAAUUCCUUAAGAAGCUAGAGGAUUUCAGGAUAAACCAAUUUUUAAUAAAAUGUGUUUUUCCAGCUGUACAGAACAUACUAUUUUACAGAAUAUAUAGAAUUUAUAUGCUGUUUUAAAACUGUACAUUAACAUCUCAAAAAGUUGUAAGAAUAGGUGCAGAAUUUACCUAUUAAUUAUAUUGCCAUGAAAACACUCAGUGAGGAUGAAAUCUUUUGCCAGCAAUGUUUUUAAUUCUUUUCAGACAUCACAGUGCUGCUCUUUUUUUGUCUCUUGUUAUUCUCCUUGAAAUUAAGCAUUAUGCAUUUCAGAGUUGGGCUUAUUUGUGUUGGUUUAAUUUCUAUUCCUUUUAAUGUUUUUGUGUAUCUUCUAUACUACUCAUGGUCCAUUCAGAAAUUCUCUAAAUUAGCUAGUGUAUGUUUUAAUAUAUUGUUUUGACUUUUAAAGCAAACAAACUUAAAUGGAAAAAAGUUUUCUGCAAAUGGAAACUUGAGCUCAAGGAAACAGCAUUUUUACAGGUAAGAAGAAGCGGGUUUGAGAAUAGAUUCUCUAAUAUGGGCAGUUUUAUUUUUUGGCCUGUUUAAUUAAAUAUUCUAGUCUAGAAUGCUGUGUCUCUUAUAGAUUAAAAGCUGUAUUUGAUGCCAUCAUAUGGAUUCCUUCAGAGCAAGUUUUCCAUGGAAAUCCUGAUCACCUAUACUUAAAGCUUUGGAUUAAGAAAGCAGACCUUCUUUGAGAUAGAUUUUAAUGUGUAAAAGCAGGAUUUUACAUACCUUUUAAAAAUGAUAUCACUU